GCGCGCCCGUCCGCUCCCUCCUGCAGGCGGAGAAGAGGCGGAGCGCGGCGGGCACCGAGAGGAGGUGACCCUACGGCAGGUACUGAAUCACCAUUAGUCAAGAUGGCUUCAGCACCUGAGCCUCCUGCCUUUAAAAAGGAGCUGCCCAAGGAGAAAGACUUUGGAAACCCAGGGCUCAGAGGAGUCCGCACCACAACCUUAUUUCGAGCUGUGAAUCCGGAGCUCUUCAUUAAACCUAACAAACCUGUAAUGGCUUUUGGACUGAUAACCCUUUCCCUUUGCGUGGCUUAUAUUGGUUAUCUCCAUGCGACACAGGAGAAUAAGAAGGACCUCUAUGAAGCUAUUGAUAGUGAGGGACACAGUUAUAUGAGGAGGAAAACAUCUAAGUGGGAUUAACAGUGCUGGUGCCUGCAGAGGAAGCUGUACUGGGGGCUCUGAAAUCCUCCCCUGAAGAUUAGGACCGCACAGUGUCAUGUUUCUUGUUCUAAAAGAUGCUACAGAGGAAGAAGGAUAGCAGUUGCAGCCAGACCACAAUAGUGAAUGUUGUCCUUUCAAAACUGCAGCCGUUACCUCAUUCUUUUUCCAUGGAAAGAGCUUCUCAAUAUUUUCUUCUAUUAAAUCCUCUUAUAAAAGUGCCAUGACAAUGGAAGUUAUUUUUGUUCUACAUAAUAAAAAUACCAGUGCUCUUAAAAUUGCAUAGCAUUUUUAAUAUUUUAAGGUGAAUUUUGCAUAUACAACUGUUGUGAUGGUUAAGUUUAUUUUGCUACUUGCAAAGGCAGUGUUCAUUUUCUGCUUGGCACAGAACCUAUGUUUGUGAAGAAAACAAAAACUAAAUUAUUGUAAAGCCUGCAGUUUUUAUAGAGUCACAGAUGGGUCAUGUAUUUCAGUUUUCCAUUUCUGCUAAUUUUGGUCCAGAAUUUUAUUUAAUUGAAAAGGUACUCCCACUGAACUACUAAAAUCAAUAUUAAAUGAGAGAAUAACCUGAAAUAAUUGGAGUUUCUCUUUUUCAAAAAAGAAAAAAGUAUGUUAUACUGAGGUAUGAUGUUUUUGACUACAACUAAAUAGUAUCUAUUUUGGGUUUUGUAAACUAAUGUUAUAAUGAUGUAAAUAUAAGACCAAAUACUCUGA